AAAAAUUAUCUUUAGCAUGGGAAAUGCAUAUUUGUUAGCGUAGUUGUCGCUUUUUAGGCUAAAUUAUCGCUGGCGUCACUUUUUAGGCUAAACUAGUGAAUGAGUAUCAUUUUUUAGUCUGAUCUGGUAUUUUAGCCAAUUCUGAAAUAAUAGCAAUUUGAAUGAAGCUUAUUUGUCUAUACACCCGCAAACCUUCCCUAAUUGCACAUGUACCCUCCAGUUGCCAAUUUACCGCCAUAUCUUCCAUCAUUGCAUAUUUAGAGUCGCCCAUAUAUUCAUAAAUGCCAAUAUACCCCAAUCUUCUAUAAUUGCAUAUUCACCCCCAAAAUCAUUAUAAUUACCCUCGCCAACCCGUUGGAACUUUUCCUCUUGAUGAACAUCACCUUAAAUAUUUAGGUAUUUUUAAAUUUUAUCUAAUGACUUAACAAAAUAAUAAGGUGUACAUUGGCAAUUAUGAGGAGCUGGGGGACGAAUAUGCGAUUAUGGUAGAUUUUGAGGGAUAUGCUGGCUAUUAUGAGUAGUUAGGGUUAAAUAUGCAAUUUUGGAAGAUGCGGGGGAAAUAUUGGCAAUUAUGGAUAUUUGGGGCUUUAUAUGUAAUUAGGGAAGAUGUGGAGGGUAUAGAACCAAAUAAACUUUGAAUGAAUCGAGGGAGUACGUCUCAAAAUUGUAGAAGACUGUACUGUGAAGAAUUAAACCCUCUAGGGUUUCUUGGCUUCUUCAUGGAGAAGCCCACUAAAAUCUCGUUCGCUGGCGAUCAGAUUCCUCUGUCGGUGCUCGCGGCCGCUAGGAUCGCCGGAAUCGACCUCGCCGUCGACGCCUCCGCCGCUCCCGGCUCCCUUCCCUCGUUCCACUUUCCCUCUGGGUCUAAACUGCAUGGAACCAAUACUCUUCUACGGUAUCUGGGGCGUGUUGUAGACAUCCCUAAUUUCUUUGGGCAGGAUGCAUUUGAAUCAGGACAGAUUGAUGAGUGGCUUGAGUACGCUUCAGUAUUCUCUUCUGGUUCUCAGUUUGAGAGUGCUUGCGGGCAUGUUGAUAAUCAUUUGGCUCUUCGGGCUUUCUUGGUUGGUUAUAGCUUGUCCAUUGCUGAUAUCUCAAUUUGGUCAGCUCUCGCAGGCACUGGGCAAAGGUGGGAAAGUUUGAGGAAAUCGAAGAAAUACCAAAAUCUAGUUCGGUGGUACAAUAGCAUAGCAGAUGAGUAUAGUGUGGCCUUGAAUGAAGUUACAGGAGCAUAUGUUGGAAAAAGAGGAUUAGGAAAGUCACUUGCAACUAAUCCGAAGGGAAAAGAACAGGGAACCGACCAAGCUCCAAAAGGAAAGGAAGGGGUUGUGGCGAAUGGAGUUGUUACUUCAAAACAUGCUGGAUUUGAGGUUGAUCUUCCUGGUGCUGAAGUUGGGAAAGUGUGCCUGAGAUUUGCUCCUGAGCCUAGUGGAUAUCUCCACAUUGGGCACUCGAAGGCUGCCUUGUUGAAUCAAUACUUUGCUCGAAGAUAUCAAGGACGAUUGAUCAUUCGCUUUGAUGAUACAAAUCCUUCAAAAGAGAGCAACGAGUUUGUCGAAAAUGUGUUGAAAGAUAUUGAAACACUCGGCAUCAAAUAUGAUGUUGUUACCUAUACAUCAGAUUACUUCCCACAAUUGAUGGAGAUGGCUGAGAAAUUAAUGAGCGAAGGGAAAGCCUAUGUGGAUGAUACACCAAGGGAGCAAUUACAAAAGGAGAGGAUGGAUGGUAUUGAAUCAAAAAAUAGGAAUAAUACUUAUGAUGAGAAUAUGCAGUUAUGGAGAGAGAUGAUUGCAGGUUCUGAAAGGGGCAAGCAAUGCUGUUUAAGAGGUAAAUUGGACAUGCAGGAUCCUAACAAAUCUCUUCGAGACCCUGUUUAUUACCGUUCCAACCCAGAUCCACAUCAUAGGAUUGGAGCAAAGUACAAGGUCUACCCAACCUAUGACUUUGCAUGCCCUUUUGUUGAUUCCAUUGAAGGUGUAACACAUGCUCUUCGUUCAAGCGAAUAUCAUGAUCGCAAUGCACAAUACUACAGGAUUCUUGAGGAUAUGGGACUAAGACGAGUGCAAAUAUAUGAAUUUAGCCGGCUGAAUAUGGUCUAUACACUUCUCAGCAAGCGUAAACUUCUUUGGUUUGUGCAAAAUGGCAAAGUUGAUGGAUGGAAUGAUCCUCGUUUCCCAACUGUGCAGGGAAUAGUACGCAGAGGUCUGAAAAUUGAGGCAUUAAUACAAUUCAUUCUCGAACAGGGUGCUUCUAAAAAUCUAAACCUUAUGGAGUGGGACAAAUUGUGGACCAUAAACAAGAAAAUAAUUGAUCCAAUUUGUCCAAGACACACAGCUGUCAAUGAAGAGCGCAAGGUAAUAUUUCACCUUGCUGAUGGCCCUGAGGAGCCACUUGUGCGCAUCUUACCUCGGCAUAAGAAAUAUGAGGGCGCUGGAACAAAAGCUACAACAUACACGAAGAACAUAUGGAUAGAGUACGCUGAUGCAUUAUCUAUCAAAGAAGGGGAGGAAAUAACGUUGAUGGACUGGGGCAAUGCUAUUGUGAAAGAAAUCAAGAAAGAGAACGGUGAAAUCAAAGAACUGCUCGGAGCUCUUAAGCCUGAAGGAUCCGUCAAGGAUACCAAGUUGAAGCUUACCUGGCUACCUGAAACGAAGGAGCUUGUUAAGCUUUCCUUGAUUGAGUUUGAUUUCUUGAUUAAGAAGAAGAAGCUUGAAGAGGGGGAGGAAUUUCUGGACAAUCUUAACCCCUGCACGAGAAAGGAAACAGCAGCUCUAGGAGAUUCCAACAUGAGGAAUCUGAAGCAAGGCGAGAUACUUCAGCUCGAGAGGAAAGGCUACUUCAGGUGUGAUGUUCCCUUCGUCGGACCUUCGAAGCCAAUCGUUCUCUUUGCAAUCCCGGAUGGUAGGAAACAGGCAUCAUUGAACUGAUAUUAUCGAGAGGAAUCAUGGACAACAGUUUCGCUAUUAUUAUGUUUUUUUUAUAUAUAACUUGGGCUUAUUGUUAAAACAUGCUGAAGUUUUUGAAUGUUGGUUCUGGUGCGUGGACUGGCUUCCGGUGUGGUGUAUCGAUAAGACCACGACUGUUUUUUUUAUCUCUGGAAUCUGAGAAUGCCUCCUGAAACGCUGUUUGAGAAACAAACGAUUUCUUCCCUUC